AUGACUUGUCAAAAGUGUCGGGAUGCAGACAGACUUAGUACUGCUGCUUGGAGGAAGAGGAAGCGAGAACAAGAACAGGAACAAGAAGCUCCCCGUCCUGCUCCAUCUCCUCCCGCUGGCAAUAUAGACGAAGGCACAAGUCAAGCAGCAGACCCAGAGUCCAAUGAUGAAUCCACCCUAUAUGAGAAUGCUCAGUGUCUAUUCGCAGCCCUACGAACCUCGUUUAAAAGCUCAAAUGAUGUCCAAUUUCAUGGAAGUUACCUUGUACCUGAGGAUCCAAUCACAAGUGAAAAAGAGAGGGUCCAAAUGGCAGCACUUGAGGUCUGGAGGACAACCGGAUAUCGUUUCAGGGUACAACACAACUACCCCCUCAAGACAGGACACAAGACAAUUCUAUGGUGUUGUCAAGAUGAGGACAAGAAACAGAAAUCCCGGCCAAGCCAGAAGGAAGGUGUCAAACACCGUGAUACAAUUGGAAUGAAGUGCUUCCCUUGUCGGAGCGCUCUUACCAUAUCUUGCUGCAAUAGAAUGGGUAACCAAAUUAACGCGUGCACAUUAUCCAUUAGGAUGAGGCAUCAUGACGCACAUGUGCCUUACUACGAUGUGGCUAUGCCAUCAGAUGCGACCCAGAUUAUCCGUGACCAGCUCGAGUGGAGUAGUCCAAGCUCAUUGGCCCCGAAGAUCCAGGCACUUUAUCCUUGUAUCACAGCAUCACAGGUACAUUUUGCAUGGACGAAGAUGAGCGAAAUACUCUGGAAAAAAGAUUCAGAUCAGCUUACCUCAGCAAAGAUGCUGUUGGACGAAUUUGGUCGAGAUAUUGAUGUCUUUGAUGUAGAAUUGGCGGAUGGCGUGGAGCAACUAUGUUGGGGGAUGAAAAAGAUAACCCGGCGGCUAGAAGGGAAGGUGGUCGAGAUUGGCCUUGAUGCGACAUACAACACAAAUGCUAAACACCUAGAACUGUAUAGCGUGCUCGGUGAAUUUGAUAAUGCUGGCUUUCCGUUAUCAUAUUGCUUGCUUUCGACUGCAACUGCAAUCGAAAUUGGGAAACGAACAACAGCACUGCGACGAUGA